AUCACGUGACUCUUGAAAUAAAAUAUAAAACAGCUGGCAGUAUGUCUGAAUAUUCAUAUGUUGAGGGUAUCGUUUGUAUUAAUGAGUGAUAGUUGACGUUUCAGCUUGUUGAAAUAUGCAGGCUAGUUUGGUCAUCUUACUUGCUAUAGCUGCAUUACAUGUUGCUGACACAUAUGCAUCGGCGGAGUUGGAUACGGGUUUAAGGCAGCGCACACCUUCAGUACGUGAAGUGGAAGCCGCUGUUGAGAAAGCAAGGGAGAUCAACCUUCUGAAGAGAGGAAUUAACUCAAUAGAAAGAAACUAUACUGGCCGAAGCGUCUCGAGAUGCCCUCUGUCUUUGCAUCACGGAACACGCCAACUGAGCGACGCAAAGAUAAGCACCAGAGCGAAUGAUGCCUUACUGGCAGUGCGAACUUUGAUGAUCGACGGUGGAUACAGUCUGGCAGAUUUACAGCACGAUUCUGUUCGGGAUGUUUUCAAGCGUGUGAACGGUUUGAGUUGUGACGUCCCUCGACCCAGCAAUUGCGAUUUCAAGAGCAAGUACAGAAAUGCAGACGGGUCAUGUAACAACAGGCGCAAUCCGGAAUGGGGGAUGGCCGGAAGUGUACAACGGAGAGUUUUAUCAAACGAUUACGAUGACAAUCUUGGUUCACCAAGAACAAAAGGCCUUAGAGGCCGUUCACUGCCAAAUCCCAGAACCGUGAGUAACAGUGUUCACUGUAGUCCAUCCUUCCAGGAGACUCGGAGCGACAGACUUACUUUACAUGUAAUGGGGUUCGGACAGUUCUUAGAUCAUGACAUUGCUCGAACGCCUGAGACAGAUCUAGAGAUGGAGGAGAACUGUUGCGAUACAAACUUGAGAGGAGAUAUUGACAAGUGUUUCAAUAUCAUUAUGCCGCAGUUCGGCCUCGAAUUUUCCUCCUCCAUAUUUGUACCUGGGUAUUGUAUGGAAGUCAGGCGAUCAGCGCCCGUGUUCUGUCCUGAUGCUACAUCAAACGGUGUUUCUUUAAGGCAACAGACGACCAGCCUAACGUCAUUUGUUGACGCAUCCAAUGUGUAUGGUUCAUCUGCGUCCAGGCAAGAAGAACUUCGUGAAAAUGAGAAUGGGUAUCGCUUGAAGACAGCAAUUUUUGGUAACCAGGAACGACUGCCCAAUGGUCCCAGUGAUACUUGUACUUUGACAAAUUCUUCUCAGGAUUGCUCCGCAGCAGGUGACGGCAGGGUCAAUGAAGUGCCAACUCUGACAUCUUAUCAUUUUCUCUUCGUAAAAGAGCACAACCGAAUUGCGGACACAAUAAAAGAAUUUUACGACAAUGAUGAAACAAUCUUUCAAGAAACAAGACGAAUACUGAUCGCGAUCAUGCAGAAGAUUGUUUAUGACGAAUUUCUGCCUUCAUUCUUCUCACAGAAAGGAUUGAGCGAGUACAAACUGCAAAGUUCAGCUAAUUACGUAUACAAUCCUGACACUGAUCCAACGAUGUUGAACGCAUUCGGCAUUGCUUACAGAGUUGGACAUUCAUGGAUAUCACAACGAAUGCGCCUAUUCAGUAGAUCCCUUACCCUAAUCCACACUCCAGGCUUUACCAGGAAAACAGAGAACACCUUUAAUAAUCCAGACAUGACAUAUUUACCAAAUGGAUUUGAAAGGCUUGCCUACUACUUGUCUGGGACCCAAUCGCCAGAGACUGACAGCAUUAUUGAAGAAGCCGUACGAAGCCGGCUGUUUUUAGAUACAGACAAUAACAUAGCAUUUGAUCUUGCGGCACUCAACAUUCAAAGAGGACGGGACCAUGGACUUCCGUCCUACAACAAAUACAGGAAGUGGUGCGGAUUGUCUUCUGUUGGUAGAAAAUGGGCAUAUGAUGGCAAUUCUGGUCUCAUUGAUCACACAUAUCGUGCACGACAAAUGUUAAAAGGUGCUGGUUAUAAAUCACCACGUGAUAUCGACCUGUUUGUCGGCGGACUAACGGAGACUCCACUAAGCGGCGGAAAUCUUGGACCUACGUUUGAGUGUAUAAUAGGGCGGCAGUUCCAACGACUGAAAUUCGGCGACAGACUUUGGUACCAGAACAAAGAUGCUGGAUUCACAAACGAUCAAAUUGCAGCUAUUCAAGGAUAUUCAUUAUCCAAAGUUCUUUGCAACAACUACAACUUCGAAAAAGUCCACUUUCCGAGUGCAUUUGAAUCACGAUCACCUGGAGGAGGAAAUGGCGGAUACCAGGGAAGUUGGUGGAAUUCGGGAAAUUGGGGAAAUUCGGGAAAUUGGACAGAUUGGGGAAACUACAAUCCUUCUAAUUACUGGUAUGAUGAUAUAGGAACAAAUGGCAGGACAACUCUAACAUCUUGCGGCGACAUUCCCGAUCUUGAUCUUUCUGCAUUCGAACCAAAAUUUUAUAAGAAAACAAUGGAGACAGAUGAGCUUGAAAACAACGUUGACAUUAAGGAAAAACUAGAACGAAUGCUUGACGAGAUAGGGAAAAUAUGACACUACACAAACAUUGAAAAUGACUUAAACCCAAAUGUAAACAACGCUAACUGUCCAUCUUAUUCUAUGUACUAUGUAUGAUCGUUUAUAAUGUGUCAUCAUUGUCCAUGUACUUGUUUCAAGAUUUUGUCUACGUUUCUGAGUGGUUUUCUAAUGCUGCACUUUUAACCGCUGUAUAAUACAUACGUCAAGUAAAAUAGCUCUUCGUCAAAAAUGUAGUCACCAUAUUUGUUUUGUAGGAUUUUGUUUGAGUUUCAUUUGGGCGAUUUUGUAAACAUUUCAGUACUGAAAGAAAACACCUUUACUUUUUUUUUGUUAAUUUAACUUACAAUUUCUAUACUUCCUUAAAUAUGAAAUGUUUUACGAUUACCUACGUUAUUCGUGUUUUAAAUUAAGAUAAUUCUAUUUUCGUCAUCUGGUAAAAAUAAAUACGUUCAUUUAAAGCGUCACUUCAAAGGAGUUUUGUUUAAAUACUGAUUGAAUCUUAUGACAAAUAUGUCGGUAAUUAUGCUGAAAAUUUAAAUGCAUGGUACAAGUGUAUAAUAUUCCAUUUUUAACUAUUUCAUUUUUAACUGUAUUGAUGUGGUUUGUAUGAUCCUUAAAUGUAUAUUCAGAUUUAUCUAAAUUACAAACUGUCAAAUAGUGUCUUUGUGAAAUUUUCCACACAUUUUUUCAUACAUUAAAAGCUAAACUUUUAAAUGGACUAUGUUGGCAUUUUUAUGAAACGGAUUUUAUAUUUGAAAGCUGCGCACCUCAAGAUCUCAAGAUUUGUGUCAUUUUUUUUCUCGAAAAUUGAAAAAUGCCUUCAGUAUUUGGUAAUUACAAUAAAAAGUAAAUAUAAAGUAAUUAUGUGCAUUUUAGGAUUUUUUUUUAUCUUUACAGAACACCUUUUAACACUUAGCCUGCUUGCAGCAAGUGUUUCUGCAUUUGCGACCAGUGCAGACCAAGAUCAGCAUGCACAUCCGUGCAGCCUGAUCAUGGUCUCUACAGUUCGCCAUUCAGUCAGUAUCAUUUUGGUAAGCACCCCUUUUAACAUUUGAUGGUACUGUCCAAAUUGAAAAAUGGACAAGCUCAUUUAAGGAAUUUAGAAGGGUAAGGGUGAAUCAAUAAAACAUGUAGCCAACUCUCAGAAACGUUAGUCACGCUACUAAAAUUUGAUACAAAACCGGAGAAAUUUAGCUGUACUUUUAUUAUGAUUCAUAUUAAAUUAUCUACUUAAACAGUACUUGUUAUACAUGUCAUGACUGUUGUAUUUAUAUUUUGUAUAAGUUUUAAUACAAAAUCAAAAUUAUUUUCAUUAUCAAUAGCUCAUGCAUUGAAAAGUGUGAUAGCGGGGAUAGUAAAAAAAAUACAGAUAAAUAUAAGACGUGCCAUGAGAAAACCAACACAGUGGCUUUGCGACCAGCAUGGAUCCAGACCAGCCUGCGCAUCCGCGCAGUCUGGCCAAGAUCCAUACUGUUCGUUAACGGUUUCUCUAAUUGCAAUAGGCUUUGAAAGCAAACAGCAUGGAUCCUGACCAGACUGCGCGGAUGCGCAGGCUGGUCUAUGCUGGUCGCAAAGCCACUAUGUUGGUUUUCCCAUGGCCCCAUGGCACGGUUCAGAUAUCUUUUCUGUCCAUAUUAGUUCUUUAUUUCAUUCCGGCAAGUUACAUUGGCAGGCAUGUAGUUGAAAAAAGUUAGAAAUUAUUAUACUAACCUACUUACACGAAACCAUAAGCUUUAUACUAACAUGACUGUUACCAAUAGUUAAUAUUUACUUGGUCAUCUCUUAUAAUAGUUGUUGUUUGUAAAUAUGUUAUGCUUGUACGUAUUAACAAGUAUAUGACUGAUAGUUAAUGGGUCAGGGGCUUAAGUUACAAUAAAGAUUUUAUUUGAUUUUUAAUUUGAAAAAACAAAUAUGUUUCUCUUGAAAUAUUUCAGAUUUGUCAACGUAACUAAUCAUGGUUAAAAAAUGGUUACGGCUUAUAAUAUUUGUUGUUUGUAAAUAUGUUAUGCUUGUACGUAUUACCAUGUAUAUGACUGAUUUUUUAUAGGUCAGAGGUUUAAGCUACAAUAAAGAUUUUAUUUGAUUUUUAAUUUGAAAAAACAAAUAUGUUUCUCUUGAAAAAAUUCAGAUUUGUCAACCUAACUAAUCAUGGUUGAAAAAUGGUUACGGUUUAAGCAAUAUCUCAAACAUAAGACAGAAAGAGUUGUGUUUUAUAUGAAAAUUGGACAUAAAAUAAAAUAUGCUUAUUACGCUUCAAAAGAA